AGCCACCAGUCAUUUCUCUCUAUUCUGAGUGGUUUUUCUUCUUCCCUAUUUCGCUUCCGACUCCUCUGGUUUUCCCCCUGCUCCUUCCCUCCCUCCCAAAUUUCUCUUUUCCGCGCUUUCUCCUCCAGAUUUCGAUUCCGAUUCCGAUCGAUUCCCCAUUACUUUCCCCCAAAACCCUAGAGCUAGAACUGCGCGGGCGGCGACCAUUUCCGGCGAAUCGGAAGAAGAGAAGGAAGCGAGACUUCUGCUAGCUGCUGCUGCUGCUGCUCUCUUUCUCUUUGAUUUCACCCUUUCGUUUUCUUUUGGGAUUUCUGGUUUAGGGCUGUACAUGUCGUCGUUUCUCUUUGCCGUCGGCCUCAUCCUCCCCUGCUGCUGCUCCAGAACUGCUUGCUAGUAGCGACCUAUCAACAUCAUCAAUCAUUGCCAUGGCAGGGGCAGCUAGGAAGAAGGCAAUGGAGACGCUGGGGAAGAGCAUGACCGAGGAAGUGCAGAGGUGGGGUUGCAUGAAGCAGAACGGGGUGAGCUUGCGCUACAUGAUGGAAUUCGGUUCGAAGCCAUCCCUCCGCAACCUCCUGAUCUCUGCUCAGUUUCUCCAUAAGGAGUUGCCCAUCCGAAUCGCCCGCCGCGUCAUGGACCUCGAGACGCUUCCUUACGGCCUCUCUCACAAGCCCGCCGUCCUCAAGAGAUUGUGUAGUCGGUUGUGGCUGGAUAAUGACUGUCUUACUUGCAUCUUUCAAUGGUGCGAGAUUGGUACCUGGAUUCCUUCCGUGAUCUCAGAUUGUUCCCGGAGAUAAAGGAUCCAAAUGAUGAGACGGAGUUUACGCAAAUGAUCAAAGCGAUUAAGGUGAGGCACAACAAUGUGGUUCCCAUGAUGGCCUUAGGCGUUCAACAGUUGAAGAAAGGCUUGGACCCGAAUGUUGAUUACGAAGCUCUAGAUGAGAUUCAUGAGUUUCUGGAUCGGUUUUAUAUGUCCAGAAUCGGUAUUCGUAUGCUGAUUGGGCAGCAUGUGGAGUUGCAGAAUCCGAAUCCCCCUCCUCACUGUGUGGGUUGUAUACAUACUAAAAUGUCUCCGCUUGAGGUUGCACGUGAUGCUAGUGAGGAUGCUCGUUCUGUUUGUUUCCGGGAGUAUGGCAGUGCCCCAGAUAUUGACAUCUACGGGGAUCCCAAUUUCACUUUCCCGUAUGUUCCUGCACACUUGCAUCUUAUGGUAUUUGAGCUCGUCAAGAAUUCACUGCGGGCAGUACAAGAGCGUUAUCUCGACUCAGAUAAAGUAGCACCUCCUGUACGGAUAAUUGUUGCUGAUGGAAUAGAGGAUGUUACCAUAAAGGUUUCAGAUGAAGGAGGUGGCAUACGGAGAAGUGGUCUUCCGAAAAUUUUCACUUACCUUUACAGCACAGCAAAAAACCCACUGGAUGAGCACGAUGAUCUAGGGACUGCUGAUACAGCUACAAUGGCUGGAUACGGGUAUGGUAUCCCAAUUAGCCGCUUGUAUGCCCGGUAUUUUGGAGGCGAUCUUCAAAUUAUCUCCAUGGAAGGAUAUGGAACUGAUGCAUAUCUCCAUCUGUCUCGGUUGGGAGAUUCACAGGAACCCCUGCCUUGAAAGCAGAGCAAGCUGAGGCUUUGGUUGCAUAUAUUGUAGAGGGUUGAGUGAGACCUCGUGUUGAAGAUCAGACAGCUCUUGAAAUGUAAUUUUUGAAUGGGGCUGUUGUAAUAAUUUGGACGUCAGUUUGUAAAUUCUUGAUGUGCCCUUGAGCUCCUGAUUUUAGGCGUUUGUUCAAUUCAUCUUGACGCCACAUCAGCUUAAAGCUCAAUAGAAAUUUGCUUGAAUAGUCAUUUGUGAAUUUAUUGCUCGAUCGUCAGGCAGGAAUUAGGGCUAAUCAAGGAACUUGCACAGAACUGUUGUUUGCUAUUACUACUCCCUCAUG